GUAAAAUGAAAGCCCAUGACCUGUGAUUUAAAAUUCAAUCUGCCUCUCCCACUUUCUAAAACCCUAUUUUCAUCUUUUAGUUUCUCUCUCUUUAAUUGCUGUGUUCUCUCAAUCGUUGCUGUCCCUCCUCGAUCCACCGUUGUUGUUGGUGUUCAUCGCUCAAAAGCUUUUCGUGCUUGCUUUUCAGGUCACAAUUCCGAUCCUGAGAUGACAUCACUACUUAAUCUAGUUUCCAUCGAUAAAGAUGACGAGGAUGAAAAGAUCAAAAAAUUGGUCGAAACAUCUUCUUUGAUCUUUUGCAAUAGUCACACUCGUCAUGACUUAGGGCGAGGUUUUGGAAGAAGUAGGAAAACACCUCCAGUAAGCUAUGUCUGUCGUAGGUGUAAUAUUCCUGGUCAUUAUAUUAAACACUGCCCAACAAAUGGAGACCCGAAUUAUGACAUUAAGAAAGUGAUACUUCCUACUGGUAUUCCAAAGUCGAUGCUUUUGUCUACAAAAGAUGGCCCGUACACACUUCCGACUGGCUCUGCGGUUGUUGUGAAGCCUAAUGAGGAUGUCUUUGACAAGGAAAUGGAAGGUAUAUCUUCUUCGGGUUCUAAUCGAAAUCUUCCACCAGAACUCCAUUGUCCACUCUGCAAAAAAGUUAUGCAAGAUGCGGUCAUAUCCAGCAAGUGCUGUUUUGAGAGCUUCUGCGACAAAUGUAUCAGAGAUCAUAUUAUCUCAAAAUCAAUGUGUGUCUGUGGGGAAAGAAAUGUACUUGCAGAUAAUCUUCUUCCAAAUAAAACUCUGCGGGAUACAAUCAAGCGCUUCUUAGAGUCUGGUACCAGCAGCUCAGAUAAUGGAGGAAGUACUGUUCAUCAAGCUCGACCUAGGAUCACAUCGUCUACCCAAUCGGUCGCAUCACUAAAGCUACCUUCACUUACCGAACAAACCUCAAAUGUUUCUCAUGCUCCACAGAAGCAGAAUGUGGCUCCACAGCCGCAAGCACAACCACUACUUGCUGCUGAAGGAAAGAUCAGGGAAGUUCAAGAUGUAACUGAAGUUAAACAUGGAUCUGUCACAAUGAAGAAACCUGUUGAGGAAGAAUUGCAGCAAACAGUGACUAAUGUCAAAACAGGAAAGAAAAAUAUGCCGCUGCAUACAAAUGCUGCAGAGAUGCAAUGGAUGGAUUUACAACAUGGUAUGAAUGGACAUAUGGGCCUUCCUCUCUUCAACCCUUACUGGCCCAGAAUGCAACUUGCAACGGAUAGUUUCACGCGCCCCUUUGGUGGUUAUAUGCCAUAUAACAUGGGCUACGGUCUAGGGCCUUCGGAUAUGCCUUUUGGCCAUUAUAUUACUCCAGAUUGUUAUCUUGGUGCUCAAGGGUUUAUGAUUCCUCCUCAUCAAAGCGAUUCUCCAAUGAAUUAUUAUGAUUAUGGAAGCGAAACAAGAAGCAAUGCCUGUGUUCCGCCUGAGAAGUCUCAACUCGUACGUCGUUUGUAUUAUCAUUUUUGUUCUCUCUGGCUUUGUAAUUUUAAUUUUACUACAACAUUUAUUUGCUUAUUUGCUACUCCUACUUUGCAACAGAACACUUCAUUUUAUAUAUACUUGAUUGUUAUUUUUGUAUGGAAUCUGGUUAAUUGGGUUGCUCUUGUGAUCUUCUCCAGUGCUACUGUGGAUAGUUUCUAAGAUUUGGUUGGGUUUUUUUGUUAGGGAGGGGUGGUAUAUUUGGGAUAAUCCUACAUUUAAUAUGGUGAUGUCAAGUUUUUGGAUUUUUCACGUGGUGAACUAAUUUGCGUGGUGACUCUAUGUUCCUAACUUUUCCACUAGGCGACAAAAGCUUAAGCUUCUUAUUAAUGUUACGUUAUUAUUAUCAAUCAUUAAUGACUAUUUUAAUCAAACGUCCCAAUUAUUUUUAAGGGACACUUACGAAAGUACAUUCGAAACAUGUAUUUAAUAUUUUGUCUACCAUAUGAAAAGUUAAGAGCUCAGGGUUACAUUCUGGAUUCAAUAAAUAUUCGUUAACCAUGUGAAAAAGUCAAAAACUAAAGAUUAUUAUGUGGAAUUUUCAUUUUUUUCAUAUUUAUCUUAAAUCUAGAUGGAAAAUUGAUGUUCAUAAUCUAUUUUUUUCUUGUCUCAAAAUAAACUCUUAUUAUUGAUUAAUUUAAGAUAAUUUUCUAUCUCUUUGGAUGUAAGGAUUCUCAAGCUACUUUGGAUUAAGAAACAUUUCAUAUUAUAUUAAACUAACCUUCUUUGAGAAGAUAAAAAAUGUGUGGAUUAUUAAUAGAAGAAAACUGUAAUAGUAUGAAUUAUUUUGAAUUGGUAAGUAGUAGUGUUAAAUUUGAGACAAUGGACAAAAAUUUAGUUUAUUAAUAUCAAUUUUUUCUAUUGAAGAUUGAAGAGGGAUCACAACUUUAUU